AUGACACCUUGGAGGCAGCAGGGAUACCACGGUUGGUUCUUCGACCGGAGGGCAAGUGGAGUCCACGCGAACCUAACGGGGCUGCCCGUAUUUUCCACGGGGCUAGCGUGCAGCUCGGAUGCUUUCAAUUACUUCAGUCUGAGUGGUAAGAGGUACAGCGUAAAUGCGACGUUCGUCGGAUUGGGGUGCUUGUCGCCGGCUCUUCUACGGCGUCUUCGAUCGUGGCAUCUUGCUACUCUCGGGUUGCCGGGCGCGGCGUGGGAGUUGGACGUCUUGCCUCUCAUGAAAAUCAUUCGCCUCCUUCAAAAUGGAUGCAAGGCGGAGAUUGCGGUCGGAGACAAGCAAACCAUAACGGCGCUAGUAAGAAUGGGCCUCCUGACGGCGAACCUCGACUCCCCGAUGCACAGCUUGUGGACGAACCAGAAGCACCACAACGCCAAGACGGAAAGGGCGUGCCAGGCAUGCACGGUUCCAAGGAAGGACCUCGGCAACCCCAGAUACGACAUUGUCAAGAACGCGCGUUCAGCCGAUGGACUGAGGGAGGACCUGGCGCUCGUUGCCUCCAUCGAAAAGAGGCAGGAGCAGCUGAAGAUGUCAAGAGCCCUGGGCGUGGUCGUGCCCCGGUAUCCCAACCCCCUGGACGAGGUCACUUUCGACCGCGUAGAGGGGUGCGGCAUGGACGUUUUGCACCAGUCUGCGCUUAACGCGGGCAAGAAGAUAAUGACCUUUGUGCUGGACGCUCUGGAUUCUGCUGGUUCCGAGAUUGUGCGUGGUCGGUUUGCAUGGCGCCGGAUGCUGCCCCCGAACGUUUCGCCGAUGGCCGACAUCACCAGUGCUGGCGGUUGGGCGGCCUUGACUGGUCAACAGUUGUGGCUCGUUUCCAGUAUCUUCCCCUUCCUCGUCGCACCAAUUUUCUCCCAUCCUAAUCUUCUGGACGACUAUGUUCGGGCCAUGGUCGUUGCAGAGGUGGCAGAUCGCAUCGAUGUGAACUCAGGCACCCCCGCUGGCAAGGCGGCUGUGUGCGCCGCAUUUCAAGACCUCAUCAAGGCUUGCAGCUGGAGCUCUUUCGUGGUGCGCUCACCUUCCUUUACUGCCGAAGGCUUGCGUACUUUGCAAAAGUCCCAAAUCGACCAGGUCAAGCAAGUCACUCGCGUGAUGGGGGUUGCUCUCGGUUCCAUCCACAAAGGGCUUCACAUCGCUCGCAAUGUGGUCCGUCAACGGCGUUGUGACGAAUUGCAACGUCGGAGAGGCAAAGAACAAGCAGCAGAAAGCAUCGGCUCCUUCGGCGAGUGGACGAGACAACGCCGAACAUAUGUGGCGUACUACGAACGACAGCUUAGCUAUGCAAGCGCUGGCGGACGGCGUCGAGUGGACGGCCUCGGGUUGGACUGGAAGGAAGUGGGAAACCCGAACGGUCACGGCUGGCGAUCUCUGUCGGGUCACCCUCCAGGACGUAUUCGCAGUCCUGCCGCUCGCGCCCGCUCAGCCAGACACGGUGUCGGCGGGACGGCCAUGGGGCUAUGUGGAGUGGGAACAAAACCUUGUCGGAACGGAGGCACCAGUUCAGGGAGUAGGUGGAGCUGA